CAUAGCGACGCUUGUUCCCCAAACACCUGCUCAUGGCCGAGUCCAAAGCAAAGUAGAAAUAUUAUUGUGGACAGGGUGAAGGGGUACGGUCUAACUGAAAUAUCAAAAUGACCGAUAUUUUAGUUAACUGGCUCAAUGAAGAGCUUGCAAUAUCCUCGCCCGUCGAUCAAAGAGGAUUUUCAAGACAAUUCUCUUCAGGGUUUUUGAUUGGUGAAGUUCUGAAUAAGUAUCAACUUCAAGAUGAUUUUGACCAAUUUUCUCAGAGCAAAACGGCAGAUUCAAAACUCAAUAAUUUCACCCGCAUCGAACCCGUCUUGCAUCUGCUUGGCAUCCCAUUUGACACAAAUGUGGCUCGGGAUAUCAUGACAGAACGACAUGGUGUGGCAACACGGAUCAUGUACCAGCUGUACAUAGCACUCAAUAAUAAAAAGAAAGCCAAUCUGACAGGUGUUGCCAUGGAAACUAUGAGGCCAGCAGCUCCAGCCAAACUAAAUGCUGUUGAAACCGAAAUAUACAAACAGCGUCUAAAACACGCAACACCUCGGCAAACAGACUUGAACCUUGAGGCACUCGUGAGUCGCUUCCAUGAAAAACAGAUAGAGAUGGAAAAGACUGCAUUCAAAGAGCGUUUUUUAGAACAGGAACGCAUUCUGCAAGAACAACAGGAACAGCGACAAGCACUGUUGGAGAGAUCUCGGCAGCUCAAGGCAAAACAAAGCGAGAUGGUUGCCAAAAUUCAAGCAGCUACAGUCGAGAUCCCCAAGCCACCCGCUAAUCGGACAAGUAAAGCAAUGCAACUGAGGAGAAACAUAAAGCGGAGAAGAGAAGCUCAGGAGGCCAUGUCAUCCAUUGCCAUGUUUGAGGAGAAAAUGAAGACUAUUCUGCCCCCAUCUAAACUUGACUCCAGUGAGUCUUUUGAUGUGGCCUACCUAGUGAGUCGGGAGGAUGACAAGCUACAUGUAGACCCUAUCGAGUUGAUCAAGCCAACCUCCAAUGAUGACUACAUCGGCAAGAUCAGGAAGAGGCUGCAUGAGGACUCGAAUGCCCGCCAGGAGCGAGAGAAGCGGCGCAGGAAGGUCCUGGUGGAUCAGAUGAAGUCGCAUGAAUCACAGGAGGAAGCUCGGCGUGAGGAGAUGAUGGUGAACCGGCUGAUGCGGCAGUCGCAGCAGGAGAGACGCAUCGCUGUGCAGUUGCUGCAGGCCAGGCAUGAGAAGGAGGUGAUCCGAACCAACCGCAUCACUCGGGAGAAGCAGUACGAGGAACGGAGACUCCGGGACUUUGAAGAUGCUCUGGACAAAGAAGCUGAACUAGCUCGACUGUCCAAGUUGGAGUACAUGGAACAAACCAAGAAGGACAAGGAGCUCCAUGACCAGAUCGCAGCACAGAGGGCAGCAGACCGCUACAAGAAGCACUACGACAUCUGUUCCGAUGUCGUCAACCAGGUGGUCGACUUUGCCAGCAAGGUGGCAGAGUACAGAGAACUCACUAACGGCUUACUGCCUCCCAAGCUGAUGCGGGAAUGGACAGCUGUGUUUGUGGCGGGUCAGCCUCUGUUUGAGCCGAGCCCUGUGGAGGGAGCAGAACCGACGCUGGAACAGAUCCUGGAGGAGGAGAGACAGCAGCUGCUGGACGAAGGGGACUUCAUGGAGUACAAGAACAUGAUCGGGGAGUGGCAGCCGCCAGAAGGUUCGGAGCAGACAGAACCUCCAAAGGAUAAUGCUGUGUUGGGCCACAUCAUACACAGGUUGUUCAACCUAGUGCACCCUCCAUCGCCUCCACCUCCACCGCCAGAGUUCCCUCCCUUCCCAGUGCGAGCUUGUAUUCUUGGCAAAGUCUUCAGUGGCAAAACAACAUGUAUCACCAAGCUUGCUGCAGAACAUCGUCUGCAAGUGUUGAUCGUGGAUGAGCUGGUUGACGAGGCUGUGGAGGCCCACAAGGCAGGGGAGAUAAUCCAACUACCUGCUGAGGGGGAGGGUGAGGAGAAGAUUGAGGACACACCCACAGACCAGGCAGCGCUAGGGGCUCCUGGAGACCCUGCCACAGUCAAUGCUACAUCUCUGGACAAUGUACCCCAGGAGAUGCCUACACCACAGCCAGAAGGUCUUCAUUUUUCCCCUUCUGCUGAUGUGAUGGCAGCAGACAAACCAACCCCAUUGGAGGAAUCCCCAGACAAGCCGGCAGAGGUCCCACUGUCGGAGUCCCAGCCCGACAUGGCCAAACCUGCCUCCAAGAGAUCUUCCAGCAGGAUUAAAGAAGUGGGGCCACCAAAGCCUCAGCCAAGUAAUCGAGCCAAGCUGGGAUCCAAGGCCCUGAAGUAUUUGAAGCGGGGCAAGCCAGUAGAUGACCAGGUCAUAGUGGACGUGCUGGUGGAGGUCAUCAGACGAGUACCCGAGGGUACAGGCUGGGUGAUCGACGGCUUCCCCCAGACCUACAACCAGGCCAAGAUGCUGGAGAAGGCCCUCAGUGGCUUCGAUGCCACGGCCAAAGAGCAGAAAGAAAAACCCAAGGACAAGGCUAAACCCCGCAAGUCCAGCCUGGUGCCUGACCCUCGCCCAGCCCCACCCCCUCCCGAGCCAGCCAGUGGGAUUGAUGUGGUCAUCCAGUUUGAACUGUCAGAUGACCUGUGUAUGAAGCGAGCAGCUGGACGAUUCUACGCUGUCCAGGCUGACAAGCAGUACCACCAGGAAUUCAACCCACCACCAGAGGGCAGUGCUACAGGGAUCGGCAAGGAGGAGAAGGUCAUUCCGAUAGAGGACGCAUCACAUGACCAGGAACAGAUUCAGCAGAGGAUCACAGGUUACCAUGACUCCUGGCCCAAGUUAGAGAAGUGGUUCACACGGUUUGGCACCCUGAAGAAGGUUGAAGCCAGCGAGUCUCUGGAGACAGUGUUCCUGGAGGUGGAGAAGGUUCUGGAGGAUACUGUCAGCAAGAUUCAAGGCAAAGAUCAAGAGAGUUCUGCUCCCAUUGAGACGGAGACUCCGGUUGUGGAAGAGAAGCCUCCAGAGCCAGUACCGGAGCCUGUGCCAGAACCUCCAAAGGAAGAGCCUGUAGUAGAAGGCAAAGGGUCCAGAUCCAGUUCUAAAGGCAGCAGAUCAGGAUCUGGUAAGAAGCCUGGUUCAAGGACUUCCUCCAAGGACAAGGAAAAGAGGGAGAAGAGUGCAUCGCCCAAACGAAGUCCCAGUCCCAAGAAAGGAGACUCCAAGAAGGGUAGCAGAGGAUCUACACCCAAGUCCCCCAAGCGAGGUCGGUCAGGGAAGAAGGGCAAAGUCCCCGAGCCAGAGCCGGAACCAGAACCUGUGGUCCCCACAGGACCUCCUCCACCACUACCAGGGUCUGAGGAGUGGGAGUUUGUGGACCAGUCACUCGAACUGGAUUUGGCUAAAGUUCUUGCUUCUCACUGGGAAACUGUUGAGAAAAGCUAUGUGCUGAACAGCAAACACGUCUUCCGUAACAUCCGAGAUGAGAGGGAGAGGAUUUAUAGAUACUUCUAUCAAAUCAGGAAAGACUACAUGGCAUACCUUCGCAGACCUGACCACAAGCAGGAAUUCAUCUCACAGUGGCAAAAGGAGUAUAACGAGGUGCCCGAUGACAUGAGAGAAGAUGAGGAGACACGGGCAGAGCUCCACCAGACUGUGGACGACCUGAGAGAGAGACUGUGGAACAUCUGUGAUGAGAGGAAGGAGCAGGCCGAGGGGGAGAGAGAGACUGUCAUGAACGACAGCUGGCUGGACGACAGACUUGGGGUCCUCAGCAACCACUACAUCACUAUCAUGCAGUCUGAGGUGGACAGAUACCAGGACACAGUACGGAUGUUGAAGGACUACUACCGGGGCAUGGACGGAAAUAUCCCUGACGAGCUCAACACCCAUUAUGCCAGAAUACCACUCAUCGAGAUGCCAGUUGAGAGACCAGAGACCCUAGCAGACAAGGAACACAGGAGUGAGCCCACACCCACACCACAGGAGGAGCCACCCAAAUCCCCCAAAGACAAGACCAAGUCCCCAAGAGCCAAAUCCCCCAGAGACAGAUCCAAGUCGCCGAAGGAAAGCCGGUCCAAGUCGCCCAAAGACAGCGGACGCUCCAAAUCGCGUACACCAUCUGGCAAGAAGCGCAGUAAGAGCCUGGAGAAGGAAAAGGAGAAGCAUGUGAUUCCAGAAGCAACUCAAGUGGAUGGGGAUGGACAAAGGAAGAGGAUCCCCCUUGUUCCCCGACGCCCUGUCUCCCCAGACCCUGAUGCCAAGCCAGGCACCACCCCAGGGAAGGACAAGAAAGAUAAGAAGGGGGGUAAAAAGGGUGGAGACGAUGGGGUGGAGAGUCCUAUCCCCCCUUCUGAUCUGGAUGAGAAACUCAUCUUUGAUGCUGGACAGAGUGGAAUAACUGCCAUCUCACAUAUUAUGUCCCUGGAGCUCGCAGCCCGUGAGGCAGAGGAAGAAGCAGAACGACAGAGGGAGCUGGAAAAGGAGAGAGAAAAAGAGAAAGCCAAGACUCAGGUGAAGAAAGGAGGAAAGAAGGGCGGCAAGAGUCGCAGUCCAUCUCCCAAGAAGAAACCGGAGGCUGAUGUUGCACCCACUCCACCUCCUCAAACAGAGGAAGAGUGCGAGGAAGAGAGAAAGAAGAAGUUAUUGAGAGAAAAGAUGAGAGAGGAGUACUACUUUGCUAUUGCACAGGAAGAGCGUGCCGCCAAGGUUCGCUUGGAUCUCAUCAAGGUCCUGGGUAUCGCCAUCCUCCAGGACCUCAAGGGCAAGGGAGACAAUGCCUUCAAGGACAUGAAUGACUGGCUUGGAGCCAGAUACCUCAAGGAGAUGGAAAGCAUUGACCACUUGUCGGAGACAGUGAGAUAUAACAUUGAGAAUGGCUUGAGAAUCAAGGCAGAGCUUGUCCUCAAACAAGAAGACUUCAUGAUGGACGAAGAUAUCAUCAGUGUUGAUGUUGAAGUUGAUAAAGUUGUGCUUAGGUCACCUACACCAACGGGCCAUCCAGAACCAAUAGAGCAGCCAAUGACAGACCAGUUUACUGUUGACCAAUUGAUGGGACUCUUCCAACAGUUUACAGCAACGGCACCGACAGGGGUGAUGUCCAGUAAGUCCUUCUGUGAGACAUUUGAGAACAUCGUGUCAGUGACUCAUGGCAUGGAGCAGCUGCCUGAUGUCUGGAUGAACAUCACACCCAGUCAGAUCCAGGAUAUUUCUACCACCCUGGCCUCCAACACCGAGUAUGUGGACUGGCGCCGCUUCCUAAUGGCGUUGACAUCGCCAGUGCCAACACCAACCCAGGCGCAGUUGCUGGAGACGCUGGUCAGAUUCAAGGAGAUGGACCAGAAAGACACAGGCUUUGUCACCAGGGAGCAGUAUGACAGGACAGACUUGUGGUUCAACACGGAGGAGUCUAUGACAGAGAUGACCAGCUACUGCCGGCUUUCCAACCUCAAGAAGCUAAUGUUUGACAUGUUUGCCAACCUUGACAAGACACCAGCUGUGUUGAACUAUACAGCCAUGCUGAUGUACUUCAGUGCAGUGCCCAACAGCCAUGAGGGUUUCCUGCGUGCGCUGACCGUGGCUGCAGGCACACACAUGCCCCGGCUGGAGAAGCCGGUCAUCCCUGUGUCCACUACUCCAGCCAACCCCGACAGGCUCAAGAGUUUUGAGGAGGGCUUAGCCCUGGUCACCCCAGAGAUUGAGGAGAAAGCUGUGGAACCCCCCAUGACGACCGAGGAGAUCCCUCCCGAGUCUCUGGAAGCCAAGGUGCCCAUCGAGGCACUGUACAAGGUACUUCACCAUGGAGAUAGUUGCCAUGGAGACAGUCACCGCUUCAGUGUGUCUGCCGACCCAGAGGAUGCCACGUCCAUGGAGCGUCUGAGUGUGGUGUACCGAGAGCUGGGAGAUGAAGAGGUGGAACCAGUCCACUACAAGAUCCUUAUUGAACACCCACUCAUCCAAGACAUUGUCACAGCAUGCAAGACAUUCAAACUGCUGGAUGUGAAAGGGGUCCUGUCCAACCCUGGCCAUGAUGUAGACUUCCACAGCAUUAAGACCAUGGACUAGCAAGCUCAGUGUAAUCCAUACAACUCACUGUGAUAUUGUUUAGGAGGGUGUAUUGUUUCCUCUUACUGUGCAAAACUUAUUAUGUAUUGUUGUGUAAUGUUCUUAAGGAAAACAAUGUUGUGAGAUCCCUUAAAAGCACCAUUAAUGAAUGGAAUUUGCUGGAAAAUUAAAUGCUCUAAUGUUA